GUCUCCAGGUGGUUUUAAAUUCAAUUAUCAAGGCCAUGGUCCCUUUGUUGCAUAUUGCCCUGCUGGUGCUGUUUGUCAUUAUCAUCUAUGCCAUCAUUGGACUGGAGUUAUUCAUGGGGAAGAUGCAUAAGACUUGCUACCAUGUGCAAGGGGGCCUGAUAGAUACCCCUGCAGAAGACGAUCCGUCUCCCUGCGCCCCCCAGUCUGCACAUGGGCGGCAGUGUCAGAACGGCACCGAGUGCAAGGCGGGCUGGGAGGGACCCAAGCACGGCAUUACCAACUUUGACAAUUUUGCUUUUGCCAUGCUGACAGUGUUUCAGUGCAUCACCAUGGAGGGCUGGACGGAUGUGCUGUACUGGAUGCAGGACGCUAUGGGCUAUGAGUUACCAUGGGUGUAUUUUGUCAGUCUGGUCAUCUUUGGAUCCUUUUUCGUUCUAAAUCUGGUUCUUGGUGUGUUGAGCGGGGAGUUUUCCAAAGAAAGAGAGAAGGCUAAAGCUCGGGGCGAUUUCCAGAAGUUACGGGAAAAACAACAGCUAGAGGAGGACUUGAAGGGAUACUUAGACUGGAUAACUCAAGCAGAAGAUAUUGACCCAGAAAAUGAAGAUGAAGGCAUGGAUGAAGAGAAGCCUCGAAACAUGAGCAUGCCCACCAGUGAGACCGAGUCCGUGAACACAGACAACGUCCCUGGAGCAGAUAUUGAAGGCGAAAACUGCGGUGCUAGGCUAGCGCAUCGGAUCUCGAAAUCAAAGUUUAGUCGCUACUGGCGCCGAUGGAAUCGAUUCUGCAGAAGAAAGUGCCGUGCCGCUGUCAAGUCCAAUGUUUUCUACUGGUUGGUGAUCUUCCUUGUAUUUCUCAACACCCUUACCAUUGCCUCUGAACACUACAACCAGCCAGACUGGCUCACGGAGGUGCAAGACACUGCCAAUAAGGUGCUGCUAGCUCUUUUCACGGCAGAGAUGCUGCUGAAGAUGUACAGCCUUGGUCUCCAGGCCUAUUUUGUGUCUCUCUUCAAUCGCUUUGACUGUUUCAUUGUGUGUGGAGGAAUCCUGGAAACGAUUCUGGUUGAGACAAAGAUCAUGUCACCACUGGGCAUUUCGGUGCUGAGAUGUGUUCGACUCCUAAGAAUAUUUAAAAUCACAAGAUACUGGAACUCCCUGAGUAACCUUGUGGCUUCACUCCUGAAUUCAGUCCGCUCCAUCGCCUCCCUGUUGCUGCUUCUCUUCCUCUUCAUUAUCAUAUUCUCACUCCUGGGGAUGCAGCUCUUUGGGGGCAAGUUUAACUUUGAUGAGAUGCAGACCAGGAGGAGCACAUUCGACAACUUCCCCCAGUCCCUCCUCACUGUGUUCCAGAUCCUGACUGGGGAGGACUGGAAUUCGGUGAUGUAUGAUGGGAUCAUGGCUUAUGGCGGCCCCUCUUUUCCAGGAAUGUUGGUCUGUAUUUACUUCAUCAUCCUCUUCAUCUGUGGAAACUGUAUCCUUUGAUACUACUUCUUGGCCAUUGCUGUGGACAACCUUGCUGAUGCUGAGAGUUUAACGUCUGCACAGAAAGAGGAGGAAGAGGAAAAAGAAAGGAAAAAGCUGGCUAGGAUCAACGUGGAUGAUUAUCAGCCCAAUGAAAACGAAGAGAAGAGCCCAUAUCCCACAACAGAAGCACCAGCAGAGGAAGACGAGGAAGAACCCGAGAUGCCUGUCGGCCCUCGACCUCGCCCGAUGUCUGAGCUGCACCUCAAAGAAAAGGCUGUGCCCAUGCCUGAUGCCAGUGCUUUUUUCAUCUUCAGUCCUAACAACAGGUUUCGUGUCCACUGCCAUCGAAUCGUUAACGAUAACAUUUUCACCAACCUGAUCCUAUUUUUCAUCUUGCUCAGCAGCAUCUCCCUGGCAGCUGAGGACCCUGUCCGACACCUCUCCUUUAGGAACCAA